UGAGCAGGCAGGUGCCUGUGGAGGGUUGGGGGGGGUCUGUAGGGGAAUGGUAUUCCAGGUGAGCCAGUCUGGUGCUGAGUGUUUGAUACCAGAAGAAGGGGAAAUACUCAAAGAUCUGGUUGGCUGCGAGCUGGCAGAGAGCCUGAGCGACGCCUCCAACUCCGAUGAGGUCAUCCCAGCUCCCCUUUUUGGCUACUACAGGCAAGAUCUGCGCUGCCUCAGCAUUAAGUACUGGAUAAAUGAAUACACCUCUACCUUGGGGAUUGGGGUCUUCCACUCCGGCAUCGAGAUCUACGGCAGAGAAUUUGCCUAUGGAGGGCAUCCUUAUCCUUUCAGUGGGAUUUUCGAGAUCACACCUGGCAGUGCGGUAGAGCUUGGCGAGACCUUUAAGUUCAAAGAGUCCGUUGCCUUGGGCACCACUGACUUCACAGAAGAGGAUGUGGAUAAGAUUAUGGAGGAGCUGGGCAAGGAGUACAAGGGCAAUGCGUACCAUCUUAUGCACAAGAACUGCAAUCACUUCUCCACCGCUCUAGCAGAGAUCCUGUGUGGGAAGGAGAUCCCCCGUUGGGUGAAUCGCCUAGCCUACUUCAGCUCGUGCAUCCCUUUCCUCCAAAGUUGCCUCCCCAAGGAGUGGCUGACCCCAGCAGCCUUGCAGAGCCACAUCAACCUCGGCCUCCACAAGGAAGAGCAGGGAGACACAACAGAUGAAGAGUCCCCGUCCACUUCUGCGGCUGCCUCAGCCUCAGGCACCUCGCGAACCUGUAGGCAUACCCGGGUCUAAGUUGUGCCCAACAUGCUCCCUUCUCUCACUCUCUUCUAUUUCUUUCUAAUUUCCUCUCUUACAGCACCUUUCUUUCUCCUUCUUUUCUUCGCCCAAGAACAUUGGGGGAAACCCACUUUAAUGAGAAGACGAGCUCCUGAUCCUUCUCGAAGGGUUGUCACUACUAUUGCUUGGCAAAAUGAUGCUGAACUAUAGCAUUGUGCUGACGAGUGUGGUGGCUAACCUGGAUUCUCCUCCCAAGGCCCCCUGUGCUCCUUGAUCCACAGAGAACUGUUGACUUUGUGGGCACAAGAGCAUGGGACUGGAGGGGAACCCUACUGUGAAGUUCCUUGGCUGGAACUGUUUUUAUUCUUUUAUCUCCCCCUCUCUCUCCUCUCCAGUUCUGUCAAGGCUGCCCCCCACCUACAGCGUUCCUCCUGGACAUAUCAAAUGAAGGAAGCAGAACCUCAGCUUGACUUUCUCAUCUCUAAGACCAGCAACAAGGUCCUACAGAUCUUCUUUUUUUUGUAAUUACCAGGUUUCUAAAUUGUUCGAAGGACAAGUGAAAGGUACUGCUGUUCUACAACCACCAGUUUUCUGUGUUAGAAUUUAAGAGAUCAGAGGACUGCCCUCCCCCCAACAACAAUACCAAAUUUACCUAGAAAACAAAUGUGUAAUGGUGAUUUUUAUUUGGUUACAACAAGGGGUGGGGGCUAAUGCUUGGGGGUAGCUACUAAGUAGAUGCAGGGGUGGCCUCUCGUGGAUUGGUUCUCUUAGUUCCCCUACCCAAGUCACCAGUUUUGCAUCCCUUGUUUGCUGUUUCCCUUCCUUUUCAGUGGGGUGUUAAAUCUGUCUUCUGGCUGGCUAGCCAGCUGCCUCUGGCACCAGGUGUUUUGGGGAGGGACUUUUGGAGUGAGAGGGUGGUGAGAGGGAAUCCCUUGGGCAGAUUGCUAUUUUCAGCAGUCUUUCUUCCCAGAACCACAGAACCCAACAUAUGGGUCCCUUGGCAGCCAUCUACCCAGUCUAAAUUUAAAGCCAAGCCAGGAAGGCGAAAACUGUCUAGACGGAGAAUAAACCAGAAGAAUUGACAUUUGUUCCCCUGCCUCAGAGGCUGUUUUGGGAGGGAGAGGGCAGCUUGGAAUCCUGUCAGGAAGCAGAGGAUGCUGCACCAUGUACAUCCCCAUGGCAUCUUUUGUUACAUAACACUCUUUAUUUCAGUCGUUUGGGAUAGAAAAGGGGCAAGGCUGGUUGACCAAGCACUGCAGCAUUGGUUCAUAGAUGUAUUAUGCCCAUGAUGAUGGUUUCUGUGGUGGAGGGAAGAUGGAAAAGGGAGCAGGUAUGCCAAUUCCAUUAUUCAAUCACCUGACCAGGAAUUAUGUUCAAAGGCUACACCAGCAUGGAAAAGGAAAAUCUAGAUCCCUCUUCCCCCACCAGCUAUGCAGAAGAGGAAGACAAAAGAGCCUGAGGAUGCGAGUGUAAUGUAUUGACUUAGGGCCUGAUUCCUGGAAGUGCUGCGCACCAGCUGCUCCAGCUGAAGACAGGAGGAGCUCUGGGUGCUCAGUGCCUUUGAAAAUUAGGCUGUUAAUGUGGAUAAUCCUGUCUCCUGCUGGUGGUCAGCCACAGUGAGAAUAACAGCCUGCUAAUUACAACCAGCUAUGCAAGCUACUCCAUUAUCUCAAGUUUAUAGAAAUUGUGGGCUUGGUAUUGAAAGUCCUGGGUUUGAUCCCCACUGAUAUGCCUAGUGUCUGUACAUACAUGGCCUCAGUUUGCUACGUGUGUGUAUCUAUAUGUCCAGAGAGAUAAGGAAUAAUGAGAACCCUGUGAAGAGAUUGGGACAACUGCUGCAUUCUUGGCAUGGUAGCAGACUCUAGGGGCUUUUGAUGGUCAGAAAUUCAGUCCUUACAGUAUGGUCUAACCGCAUCCCCCUACAAUGAUGCACAUGUGUACAAUGAAACUUUUACAACAUGCUUCUAAUGUUUCAUAAUCUCUACAAUGAAUAUUAAAGAGCUGUAGUUCCUAGUAUCCCUGCCCAGAUGCAAAGUCACAUUCUCUGUUAACCUUGGCUACCCCUGGCUGGUACCCACAAUCAGUACCGCCUUGUCAAUUAUUCCACUGCUCUUGGCAUAGCUACCCAGAACCAGCACCACACUCUAUUAUCCUGGGUUCCUGGUGUAGUUGCAUAGAGCCAGCAUCACAUUCUCUAUUACCCUGGUUUGUUCCGCGAUGAUUUACUAGGGUCAGCAUCAUAUUCUCCAUUCAGGGCUGGCUCCAGGCACCAGCACAGGAAGCAGCUGCUUGGGGUGGCCAAUGGGAAAGAAUGAAGCAGCGUGGUAGAGCUGCCGCUGAAGUGCCACUGAUCGCAGGUUUGUUUUUUUUCUUCGCUGCUUGGGGCAGCAAAAAAGCUGGAGACAGCCCUUUCUCCAUUAUUCUGAAGUUGCCAGAGCUGCUGCCGCCCAGACACAACAUUACACAAUACAGAACCGCACACUUGGUGGCCCUGCAGUGACUUGUGUCACUGCCUAAACCAGCCAUGCAAUCUCCAUUUUUUUUAAGUUCCCAGGGUCGCUGCCAAAAACCAGCAUUGUGACCGCAGGUAUGUGCAGUGACUGGAAGGAACCAAGUGGAGGUCUCCCGGAGCUCUCAUUUGGCGAGGGAACACUGCAGUCAGAUUAAGAGGUAAUAGCAAAUAGUCCCUGAUUGACUGCCAUCCAUCCAUCACCCCAACCUGCCAUCUUGCAUCUGAUCUCAUAUGAAGUAUCACAUUGGAAGUCCCAGGUGGAAUCAGGGCUCCAGUGACAUACCUUUCCUAAGGAAAAUGCUUUCUCAAAAUGUUUUACUAAACAGCAUACAUAACUAGCUUUAUUUUAAUCCAGGCAAGCGGCAUUCUUCCUCCAUUCAAGCCUUUGGGGAGAGGAGACAUUCUUGAGGUUGCAGGACACUCCUUUGGUGCAAGCUGUUAGCACUAUAAAAAGAUAAUUUUUUUUUGCAAUGGGGACAAGGAGGUGAAAGAGAAUCAAACCAUCACUGUGGCUAAUUCAUAGCUCAGAACGUGUUCUAGUCCUCAAGACUGCUGCUUACCUCCCCACGCUGGCCAAGCUACCUGACCAACUUUAGGUGACCAGAAUAAAGAAAAGCGACACUGUGGAAAUCAA